AUGCAUAUGUUUAUUUUGUAUGCUCAAUUAUGUGUAGUUCGUGCUUACGGUUCAUGGAAAGUUUACCCAUUUUUUGUAUUUAUUUUUUCCGUUUUUUUGUUACCACUUUUUUUCACUUUUGCUUUUUCCGGUUGUGUUAUGUGA